UGAACUCAGCAGAAUCCAAAACUAUCCACCAAACAUGGAGAGCUUACGAACAGCACUGGCGCAUUUUGCCGGCUAUAUUUCUAAAACAGCCGGUGUCUACACCACUAUCAUUGUGAUUUUUUCUUACCACAUCGUGCUGCAGAAGGACUUGGUUUGUACUUGCCAAGAUCAACACGUGGCCUGCUGGGUCUACAUGUUUGUGCCAGCAGCCAUACUAUUUCUCUUGAUGCUCUGGAUGGACAAAACCUUUCAGAGAGUCUGGGAAUACAUACGGACAACCUCCAACACCAGGUUUUGUUGUGAUUUUUGGUAUCACGUUGUCCAAGCGUUUGCACUUGGUCUGCUGUGGGUUAUUUCCGUGUUAAUCGAUGGAGACUGGUAUGUCUGCUGCUGGAACGAUGGCUCUGUACAACAGGCAAAGUUAGGCUGCAUGGACACGACUGAAAUCAAACGUGAGCACCAAGUAAUCAUCAAUAAACUGAAGAACGACUCAAGGGUUACUGGCUUGUUUCUUCUCUUGGCUGUCACUCUCUUGGCUUCCUGUAUGUCAUCAGUGCUGUCAAAGGCAUGCUGCGGUACUGGCUACAUAAAAAAAUCAAACGGGUGCAAGACCGGCAAGAUUAUUUUGGAGGAAUUUGAAAACCUAGAGACAAAGACUCUGAGAGAAGCUAUAAAUAACAAGGUGAAAGGAGGACUCAAUGAACGUGUGAAUAAUGAAACAUGGGUAACAGAUCCUGAAGAACUAUUCAGAGAAUUAUUUCCUCAUCUUCAACUACACCGACAACAACCGAACGAAGAUGCCGCUCACAAACAACCGAACGAAGAUGCCGCUCACGAACAACCAAACGAAGCUGCUGCUCACGAACAACCAAACAAAGCUGCUGCUCACGAACAACUGAAUGAAGCUGCUUCUUCCAAACAACCAAUCGAAUCUAUGUCACUUCUUGAUUUGAAACAUCACCGAAUUAUGAAAAAAGAGAGUCAUGACAAGAUUCAUUGUGAUAAAAUGUAAACCUGUCCUUUAUGUUAACAGGUUGUUAAAAUCAUCACUAGGCGGGUUUCCAUCACAGAUAUUAAACUGACUGUGUUUCCACUGAGUGAUGUUGCAGGUCUUCUCCUCUGGUGAUAACAUCCCAGUAACCACGGCGAUGGAUGUUCAAAACAUCAGCAGCUUUAUUUCCAUUGCAUCCGCCACACUAGCUAUUCUUCAUCUUUGCUGCAAAGUUUCCAUCUGCUGAGAGUUGCUGCUUAAAACUUGUGAUUACUCAAACAGGAAGCAAGACCUUCCCGUCCUGUUUCCUGAAGGAUGCUUCCAGUUCAGAGUUUGACAGGAACGUUUUUCAAAUCGAAAGUGAAACUGACCUCAAAUUAAGAAACUUGUGGUAACUUUGUUUUCUAUUCACUUCAUAGUUAAGGCGAGCCCCUAAAUCGUGGAAGCUUAUUCAGGAUUUUGAGAGGCACUUGGCUGCAGACACUACACAAUCACGUGUGUGGUUGGCAGGAUUUUGUUUAUUUAAUUUACUUUAUUCAACACAAAUAUUAAACAGCAACUUAACCUUUUUGUGAUAAAUGGUUGUUGUUGUUUUUUCAAAAUUGUCAUGUUUCCAUUAGAUGCAUUUAUAUUCAUAAUUUCAAUUUGCACAAUUUGAUGGUCAAUGGAAACCCACCUACUGCGACAGAGUAAAGGUUUUACUGACUUAUGUUUUGUUGUGCAUUUGCUGUAGCUCGAAAGAUGACGUUGGUGGUCGGUGCAUCAUUUUGAUCCUGAAUAAUAUCAUCAACUUUUGAAUCGAUUACCAUGAAUUUGGUUCACACGUGUGAAAAUAUUUCUGAUGACAGUUUUUUCUGUGUAAAGAAAAAACUCCUGCAUGUAUUGCUAACUGUGUUUUUUACAUUUGUGUGUACGGAUGAAACAAACAGUUUAACAGUGUGUUUAUUAGUCAGCCUCACAGCCUUUGGGUUGUAUUUUUUGCCGCUCUCUCUACAUGGCGCUAUCGACCCAUUUUGUAUUGAUAAAAAGGCUUUUAUUUUUUAACCGAUUGCAAUAAGUCAUUAUUAUAUUCAUGGUUUAAUGAUCUACUUGUAGUGCUAAAAUAAAGUUUUUUGUUUUCAGUUAAUUAUCA